UAGUUCAGUUUUGUAUAAUAUGUUAAUAUUAAGAUUUUUUGAAUAAUGCCACACUCUGUUAGGGUUUUACGCAGCCUCUUCCAUGACGGGCUUUCCUACCAUGGAAACUUGGAGUUUCGUAGCCAACUCCUGACCUUCUCCUUCUUUUGUUGCUUCCCCUUCGCCGACACCUAAUCAAACUCUGCAGAGAAAAGUCCUUCAAACAAGCACUGAGUAACGCACUAUAGCCAAUUACCUCAGCCGUAGCCUUGUAUGAAGGGGAAUUUCCAUCAAGAUCCCUGAGGAAGAAUACUAGGCAUGUCUUGAGACGUGUAAGAACCAUCUUCAUGGCAUUUAAGUCAAAGGGAGAUGUUCCCAUUAAGGCUGUUGACUACAAGUUUUCUUCUUUAUGAAAACUCCUAGGUUAGUGGAGUUUGAUCCCUUUAGGGAAGGGUUAUUACAAUUUUCAUUUGUCUCUGUUGAUUGAAGGAUUGAAAGGCGAAUGUGCUAUUGGAUCUUGGAGUGUCUCAAACCAAAUUUAUUGCCUCUCUUUGCUAGGUACCACAUAAACCAAGACAACAUAAACACACGAAUGUACAAGUUUGGAUAUGGUUACAUAAUCUUCCUUAAGAAUGUUGCGGAACAAGAAUAAUUUUUGCAAUUGCAGGAAAGCCUUGGUAUUCCUAUUAGUAUUGAUGAAGCCACACCCAACAUAACAUUUGGCCACUUUGCUCGUGUGUUGAUUCACAUCAAUCUUUUGGGUGUUUUGCAGGAUCACCUAUUGAUUGAAAAAUUAAGGUUUAGAAUUUAUGUGGAAUAUGGAAAACUGCCUUCAUUUUGUUCUUGUCACAAUAUUGAUCAUAUGACCUCUGAAUGUAGGAGAAAACAACCUGAUAAAGCAGACGAUGAAUCUAAUGAUCUGACGUAGGGGAGAGUGGGGGUUCAUAGAAAUCAUGACGUAGCGUAUCAUGAGUUCAAUUUAACAAAGUUACUUCAAGAAAUAUCAUGAGUUUAAUAUCAUCAUGAGUUCAAUUAAGUGUCUGUAAUAUGACAUUUCACAUUAAAAAUAUAACAUGCAGUUAAAAAUAUAACAUUAGUUGGAGUUAACUGAAUGAACAAUUAUUAUAAAAGAAAAUUUUAAAAAAAAUGAUUAUUCGAAGAUAAAUUAUUAAAAGAUUAAAAUUGAAAAAUUAAGAUAUUUAGAGGGAUUAAUGACAUAUUUAAGGAUUUAAAAAAUUAUUAGUCAAAAUGUCAACGGUCACGGUGCAUUAGCAACCAUGCACAAGCUUUUUAAAUCACACCAUAUGUAGGAUACGCCCUUUACACCAUAUCAUCUCCCUCCUUCUCCUGACAAAGGAUCGUCCAGAUGGUUGUAUCACCACCACCUCACCAACUCCCGGCCACAUAUGGUUGUGUCACCACCGUCAUUUUUCUCCUCUCGUUGAGCAUGUUCUCCUACAUCCAAAGAUUUCCGAUGGAGCUUCUAAAAAGGAAUAGCGACAUAGCGAUACCCGUUUGUCUUUUAUUUGUAUAUAAAUUUUACUCCGGUAUUUGAUUGAGUAUUAGUACCUUCCUCAAAUCAUAUAAUUUAUAAAAAUAUUCAACGCCAUAUCAUUUUUAAUAUUAUUAAAUUUUAAAUCAAUUAAUAUUAAAGUACCUGCAUCUAACUAAACUAAUGAGUACCAAAAAUUUUCCUAAAUUUUAUAAUAUUGAAUUUAUAAUGAUUUAUGUUUUACAAAUCACAAGAAAAAAGACGGACAAAAAAGUCAAAAGAUAGAAAUACAUACAAAAGUGAAAAUGAACAUGAUGACUAAAGAAACACGACUAAUUAGGUGACGAGUAUGUUCUGAGACCGAGUCAUCUUUCUCUUUUGAGAGUGAAGCAUGUUUGUUGAAGAUUUCAUGGCAAACACUUCAAUGAUGUAGUAGGCUCACAAGAAGUCAAGGUUUUGGUAAGAUUUCAUGGCAUCAAUAUCCUCAUCUUCCUUUACUUAUGCAUGGAAAUAUGAUGUGUUUCUAAGCUUCAGAGGCCAAGAUACUCGGCACGGUUUUACUGGUUAUCUGUACAAAGCACUGAUUGAUAGCGGAAUUCACACCUUCAUUGAUGAUGAUGAACUUCAAAGAGGGGAACAGAUUAUGCCAUCACUUGUCAAGGCAAUUGCAGAGACAAGAAUUGCUAUUAUUGUGUUCUCUAAGAACUAUGCUUUUUCGUCCUUUUGUUUAGACGAACUCGUUAACAUCCUCGCCUUAAUUAAGGACAAGGGUCGGUUGGUUUUGCCGGUUUUCUAUGACGUGGAUCCUUCCGAUGUUCGACAUCAGAGAAGGAGUUAUAAAGAAGCACUGGCUAAACAUGAGGAAAGAUUCCAAAAUGACAAGGAGAAGGUGCAACAAUGGAGGAUAGCUUUGUGUCAAGCAGCUGAUUUGUCUGGCUAUCAUUUCAAACAUGGGAAUGAGAAUGAAUAUGAGUUUAUAGAGAAGAUUAUUAAAGGGGUUUCCAGCAUUAUUAAUCGCAUUCCUUUACAUAUCGCGGAUUAUCCUGUUGGAUUGAACUCUCGUGUGCUAAAAGUAACCUCGCUUUUAAAUGUCGGAUCAGACGAAGUCCACAUGGUAGGGAUUCACGGUAUUGGUGGAAUUGGUAAAACAACAAUUGCUCGAGCUCUUUAUAAUAUGAUUGCCGAUCAAUUUGAAGGUUUGUGUUUUCUUGAUAAUGUAAGGGAGAAUUCAGUUAAACACGGAUUAGUACAUCUCCAAGAAACACUUCUUUAUGAUAUUAUUGGGAAGAAGUAUAUGAAGUUGGGAAGUGUCAAUGAAGGAAUUCCAAUAAUAAAGCAUAGGCUUCACCUAAAGAAGGUUCUUUUGGUUCUUGAUGAUGUCGACAAACCAGAGCAGUUGAGGGCAAUAGUUGGAGAGACUAGUUGGUUUGGUCCUGGCAGCAGAGUAAUCAUUACCACUCGGGACAAGCAUUUGUUAACGAGUCACGGGGUUGAAAAAACAUAUGAGGUAGAUGGGUUGAAUAUGAAAGAAGCACUUGAAUUGAUUUGUUGGAAUGCUUUUAAAACAGAAAAAUUUGAUUCAAGUUAUAACAACGUUUUAAAACGUGCAUUGAGCUAUGCUUCUGGUCUUCCAUUGGCUUUGGAGGUAAUGGGUUCUUACUGUAGCGGGGAAAAUCUGAUGUCGAAGCCAUGAGACUGACUCGAAUCAAUAUUCCGUUUUGAAAUCGCCACCGCGCUUUUAUUAUUUCCAAAGGAAAAGGGAAAAGAACGAAAAAAAACCAAAGUUUGUUUUUAAAACAAAAAGAAGAGAUCUUAGGUACGGGUGUUGUUUAUACAAGGGGAAGGUUUUAAGCACCCCUCAUAUCUGUGGUACUCCACAGGAACCUUUUUGAAAAUCUGUGUCGUGUGUGCUAAAAAAAGGGUUUGUUUUAUUUUUAAAAUAAGCUCGGCAAGACAUUAAGCCUUGGGCCUACAUACCUCCUCGGUGCAAUGGAGAAGUCAGAGCUAAUGUAGUUCCGCUUUUGGAAAAAACGUUUUAAAACGAAUAAACACUUUGUUGUCGUUAGAGAGAAAUACUCAGCCAUUGAUCUUGAGCAUGAGAACAAACAAGUUCUUUGCAUCGCAAAUGAAAGAAGGGCGCCAACUCGGAUAAAAUCAACGAGUAUGCCACUAGCUCUCUCACGCGGAAAAGAU